ACCCGACGUUUUCCAAAUUACCGCCCGACGACGAGCCUAUGGGCAGGAGAGCCGACCACGUGACUCCGCCCCAGCCUUCCCUACGUCACUUCCUGUAGUCCGCGCGUGCGCGUUGUGGGCGGAGGGAGCAGAGAAAGUGAGGGGCCGAGCGGUGCUGCUCGUCGCCGCCAUCCUGGGUGGCCCUGCUUGGCCGGAGAGCUACCUGCCAACAUGUCCACACCACGACUUCAGCGAACAAUGUCCCGAACAGGCGAAAGUUUAUAUAAAGCACUGGGAUUGGAGAAAGGGGCUACACCAGAGGAGAUCAAAAAGGCAUACAGAAAGCUUGCACUCAAGUAUCACCCAGACAAAAAUCCAGACAACCCUGAUGCAUCGGAAAAGUUUAAAGAAAUAAACAAUGCAAAUGCUAUUCUGAAUGAUGAAAAUAAGAAACGUAUCUAUGAUGAAUAUGGCUCAAUGGGACUAUAUGUGGCUGAACAGUUUGGAGAGGAGAGUGUCAAAUACUACUUCCUGAUGAACAAAUGUUGGUUUAAGGCUCUAGUUGUAUGCUGUGGAAUUAUCACUGGGUGCUGCUGUUGCUGUUGUUGUUGCUUUUGUUGUGGAAAAUGCAAACCAUCAGGAGAAAUGGAAGAUUAUGACAUUAUAAAUCCUGAAGAUUUAGAGGCACAGAUUAAAGCAGAACAUGCUAGUGAUGAUGGGAAAAAGGUCGUUAUCACUCAACCAGCACCUAGCGCGGCCUCUAUAAAUGCUGAUGAGCAACAGCAGGUGCCAGAGAAUUAAGGUGUAAAUAUCCCCAUCAUCAUUCAGCCACAGUCUGAACCAUUGGAAUCUUAAUCAACCCAACUGUUAUCAGACCAAAAAUAUGACCGCAAGGUGAUAACUAGAAAAGGAGGAUCCAGAAUUUUUUUCAACCAAACAUUUGGGGGUUCUGAAAAUUAAUUUUAAUUGAAUAUGUAUGUAACCAAGAUUAUGGCAGUUUCCUGAAGGAUCUUCUCACAUAACCAAUGCAUUUGUAAAUGCUUGUACACUCUACGUUUAUGUUGGUGAAUUCAACUAUACAAAGCAACUGAAUCAUUCUUAUGGGAAAUAACCUAUUUUAAACAAAAGACUCAUUUCUCUCUUAGUUUUUUUUUUAAGUAGUUAGGUCUUGAAUUGAAAUCAUAACUUUAUACUUCAUUCCAUUGAAUUUGUAACUGAAUAGAAAUGGUGAGGAAUUUCAAGUUGCACUGAUUUUAGGCUUUAAAAUGAAAAGCUGCUGGCAAAGCACUGCUCAGUGAAAGUUAUGAAAUGCAGUUUUGGUUGGAGUACAGUUUUACUAUGUUUACCACCAAAGCUUGUCUCAUUCAAGGUGUAUAAAAUGGUAGUUGUAUCAAAUUUUGUUUGGGAAUAAAAGUGUGUCUUUAAUAUUUCUGCUUUUGAAUUAAGAAUAAAUUAAUUUAACGUACAAGGGCUUUUAAGCCUGCAGGUAUGGAACAGAUGAGUAACGUGCAGCAGCUUUAAAUGACCAGGUAGAUAUUUUUAUUUGAAUGACACAAAUUAUUAGAAUUAAUGUUUAAUGAAAUUAUUUUUUUUACAUUUUACGGGUUGGUGGCUCUGUCAAGCUGUGUUCAUCUUAAAAGCAUCUAUUUGGCCUAAUAAGCCUGUUCAGCACAGCACUUUUAUUAGUGAUUGAAAUUUGUGCCAAAUAGUUAAGAGUGGACUCUGUUAUUGGGAAUGUCUGUGAAAAGAUUCAUUUUGUAAAAUAUAAUCCAAAAUCCCUGUGUACACUUUUAUCAGCUAAAUUGAAAAUGUAAGGUUGCCAUUUGACUCCUUUUCUGAUAAAGGUAGUCUGACCAAAAAAAUUCCUGUCACUUAAGUGUAGCAGAUGAAUGUUGAUUUUCAAAUAGAUUUAAUUGUGAAUCCAGUGCUGCUAUCUAUUGUCAGGAUUUUAAUUUUCUCUAAGUCAUUAUUUCCUUCCCUUUACUAUUUUUCCAAAUAGAUUUUAUGGUGGGACAAUAUGGAUUCAUCUUUAAUGAAUCAAUCAUAGAAUAGCAAAUACCACCAAAAAUAAAACUUGUUGGUUAUAAAUUAAGGUUCUUUAACUCGUAGUUCUUAAAAUAUAUUGCAGAACUACUUCACUCUUUACAGUCUAUCCCUUAUAACCUGUUGAAAAGUCAACAAUUGUUCAUUUUUGCUUGGAAUGUCCAGCUUAGUUGCUUUAUAGAGUCAGGUUUUUUUUUCCAAUCUCAUUCAUAGCAAUAGCGAUGGUGAAAGUGAAUUUCUAUAAUGUAUUAUGGCAGCAACUGAGUGAGAAAACUUGAUUUAAUGGACCACUGACUCUGUGAUCAUUUGACCUGGACUUCAUGUACACAUAACUGACUUUUAUAACAAGGCCAGAUUUUACAAAUGCCAUUUAUGUAAAUAUUACAAAUGCACAUUUAUCUGGAUUGUUUAACUUUUCUACAUUGGUCAUUAAAAAGAUAAUAAAGCAUUGGAAUUCAUGGUGAUUUUAAAAACCAAUAGCUUCAACUUGCGUUCACUUUUGUUUAAUCAGAAUUAGCCACUGCUCUUCUGUAUGAAACUGGGCUAUUCUGUUGCCUGAAAUUGACUUUUUUUUUCUCUCUCAUUUCUGGUCAUAAGCAAUCAAAUCUUGAAACUGUUUGUAGACUUCGAUUAUAUUUUUUCCCCAUAAGUUCAGCAAUUUAGCCUUGUUAAGCAAGUUUUGAGCUGCCACCAGAUAUAAUCAAAUUGUGUAUGCCAGCUAAAACGUUUUUACAAGAAUUGUAAAAUAUUCAUCAAUGCAAGCAAGCAAAAUAUCUGAAAAAAUGUCAGAAAUGGCUACUAUUUUUAUUUGAGUAAUUGUAAAUAAUGGAAUGUAUGCUUCAUUUCUAAUGUACUUAUUGAAUUUUUAAACAAUUCAUUUUGCUAUGUAUAAAGUUAUUACUGUGCAUAAGGAUUCUUGCAUAUUUUUAAUGUAUGUUUACAGUUGACAAACCUCAGCAAUGGAAGUAUUUUUUUAUGUUAAGCUAUUGACAGAAGAAGUCUCAUAGAAAGGGCUCUCAAAGCUGCAGUGUUACUGUACCAGUGCUGUAGUUGCUAAAAAUAAUUUAAUGCUCAUUUGAAAUAAUAUCAUUUGAAUUAAUCCAAGCUUCAAUUGUGGAAGUAUCCCAUAUAGCAGAAAGGUGAAACUUGAACAAUAGAUGAAUCCAGUUUAGGUAAAAUAUCUCAACAUUUUAUUUUACUAAUUCUGUUCCUAUCCAGAAACUGGAAUGUGGCGGUCCAUCAAACGUGCAAUAUUAUUUGUACAUAGUCCAUAACAGUUGAAUUGGCUUUGUAAUUUAAAAAAAGUCUGGAGACUCCAUUCCUUGUCAAGAUAAAGAUGGUCCAACAAAUAAUGUCUGCACAUCUUGUUACCAAAUGGGGCAUCAAUCACUUGAAAGUUGUAAACUGUAGUGAAAGAGAAUGGCUGUUUACAAUUGGCCAUCUUUCAAAUUUAUGUAAAUAACUUUUGAGAAAUACAUGAUCUUAACAGUGUGGAAAUUAAGCACAGUAUUUUGGCUGACAUUUCUUAUUCCUUAUUUUCCUAUUAUAUUUGAAGCUUUAGUAUUCAUCAUUCUUUAAUGCAGUAGUUUGAAUUUCUAACAUUUAAGCUUAUAAUCCAUGAUCCUGUUAAAAAGGAUUACAUUUGAUGCCGAUAUUUUGUCAAAAAAUGAAUACAACUGAUUUCUCAUUAAAAUCUAAGGGCGGAAAGGGGCUGUUUAGUAUCUUGAGUCUAUUCAGUGAUCUAAGUUCACACAAUUUUUCCAUCUUCUCUAGGAUUUAAUACUGGCCCAGUUGUAAUGUAUUAAAGCAGGAAUCAUUUACUCUUUGACAGGGCUCUUGUUUUCUGCACAUUUUCCACCAUGGGUAAAAUCUUCUGUAGUUAAUGUAUUUAAUGAGUUAAGUUGGUAAUGAGGGACUAGUCAUCUGCUCAGCUUUAAAAAUGGUUAAAGCAGAUCAGUGUUUAAACGAGAAGGUAUCAAACCAUAAUUUGAUUUUGCUGAAGAUCUAAAUGCUCUAGCAAAGUGGAUUUUUAAACUUAAGGUACCAAGUGCUACUUUAUUUUAAAGUGUUGCUCAUAGAAAAUGUACAAUCUACUUGAUAACUUAUGACCAAAAAUUUACUUUUAAUACAGAUAAUUGGCAUUUUCAUGUUUUCCACUAUUUUAAGCACUUUGCAAUCAAUAUGUUUGCAACCUGAGGGCUUUAAAUGGUGCAGCAUUUCUUCAUAUCAAUGAAUUAAAAGCAAAUUGAAUUGAUAAAGGUUUUGAGCAACUAUAAUUUUUAAAAUGCAUUCUAUUUCAGCCAAACUAAUUCCAAACAAAACAACUUUGGUUUGUUUAGCAUGAGAAAGCAUGUAGAAUGAGGAAUGAAUUUUAUGAACAUUUGAUUUCUUUUUAAAAAAAAUAUUUUAACCAUACAUUGUAUAAUCUUAGCUAUAAUUAAACUUAAAUUUGUAAAAUAUGCCCUUAAAAUUAGCAUUAAUUUGUUUUUACACAAUUUUCAGCUUCAGAAAUAAUUUGUUUUGCCAGACAAAAUCAGCAGCAUAGGGAAAUGAUAUUUAAAAAUUGAGGCAAUAGUGUGAUGCCUUUUAAGAAAAAUGUUUCCUCAAUGUAAAUUCCUGCAUCAUUCGUGGGAGAUGGUGGCCAUAUCUCCUAGAUUACCCACAGCAUUAAAAUUUUCCAUUUAGGGUGUUUAUGGGACUUUAACAAAUUAAAGCUCAACUUGCAAUUCAUUCUUGAAAACGCAUUCUACUAUGCAGCUAUUAUAACAGAACCUAAUAUUAAAAUAUUACAACAACCUGGUGUUGUCUGAGGAUCCAAAUGUACUCCAAAGCAUAAUCUAGCUUCUGCUUACUAAAAUAAUCAAAUUAGAUUGGCCAAUUUAGAAUGCAUCAAUUCUGGAAUUGUAUACUCCCCUUCCCCUCCCACAGGUGGCAGUGAUAUCACACCAAGUGGAGAAGAUACUAACCUAGGGGCCUAACUUGAAAUACACUCCAGAAGAGUUUAUAGUUCUGGGGUCCUUAACACUCAGCAUCUAAAAAUAUAAUGUCUAGAACCACAACUGUACAUAAAUGAGUACCUGGUACAUGGGCAUUGGACUUCCUCUUGGUCAUGAGCAAUGGAGUUUGAAAACAAACGGUGGGCCUUUACUGUCCUGUAGCCACAGUUAAACUCUAUAAUGAAUUGAUGUAAUAACAAAUUUGUCCAAUUAUGUAAAAUGUGAAGCAAAAUAAGCUUCUCCAAGGAAAACCUACUGCCUCUGACGUUUUAUGUGAAUGUGAUAGUUAAUUUUGGUUAUUAGCACCUUUGAAACUUUACCAAAAAUGAUGAGGAUGAUCUGGAGUAUGGUACAAAAAAAGCUGAUUAGGAAAUCUGGAAAUAAAAGCAGAAAAUGUUGUAAAUCCUUGGGCCUAGCAGCAUUAGUGGAGAAGAAACAGCUAAUGUUUCACAUCCACUCCCUUGCAUCGGACCUGGAUAAAGUUAGAGAUAAAUUGUACUAAAAUGCAGGGAAUGAAAAUAAUCUGUAGUGAAUUAGAAGGCAGGAGUUAUUAAAUGACCAAUGGAUUGAUGAUGCAAGGCAGAUGUGGUCAGUGAUGAGCAACUGACCCAUAUGAUGGGUUGAGAGAAUAUGUAGUAUCAUCUGAAAUUGUUGGACAAGAUUUUGAGUCAUAAGGCUGUAUUGUGCUUGAUCAAAAGAUGAAGUAUUGUUUUUUGAUUUUCAUUGGAAUCAUGAAGACUGAGGAAGAAUGAAAAAUUAGUCACACGUGACCGAGAGAUUGGGUGCACUCAUUUUGGACCUGAAAUAUUUGAUCCAUUUCUGUUCACUUGUUAAUGGUGACUCUGAGUUGCUGGUUAGUCACCUGUCACUAUAGUUCUCCAUCCCACUCCCAUUUUGAUUUCUGAGCACUACACCAUUUCAAUGAAGGAACAAGUAAGCUCAAAACAAACUCAUCUUUUGACUAGGCAUAUUUUGGACUUCUGGACCCAACAUCCAGUUAUCAAUUUCAGAAUAGUUCUGCUGUUUUCAUUUUCACCAGCUCUAGAUGCAUCUCUGGUUUCAUUAUUUGUCCCAUUGCCUCAAGGAUUUUUGCCCUGCACCAUCCCCUCCUUUGUCAUUUAACCGCUCCUCCUCUAUACCCUAUCACAGAUCUUUUUUGUUUAUUCCUCCCUUUUUCUCUGAAUCUUAAAAUUUGAUUAUCUGUAACUUUUUCCAGGUCUGGUGAAAGCUAAUUGACCUGAAAUGUUAACUGUUUCUCUGUUCAUAGGUGCUGUUUGGAUUGAUGAAUAUUUACAACAAUUUCUGUUUGCAAAUCUAAGAUGUGAAAUUAACAUCUAGGGAGUCAUUGUCUAAGGCACUACAUUCUGGACAGUAAGUGAGGAAUAUACAUAUGAACAUGGCUAGAAACUUGUCUUAAGUAACUGCCUACAAUUUUCCUGUCUGAAGCACUUGGGACAAUUUGUUAAGCUAUAAACAUAGCAUUUGUGGAACUUAGCUCUGAAUAAUUUUCACAUAGUUCCCUAAUAGGUGGCCAUACUUAAUAAACUUGUAUAUGCAAUUUUGAAACUUGCAUUUUUAAAAAAAUGAAUUUAAUUGUGUUGAAUUACAAAAGUAAUGCUAUGCAAUAUUGGUCUGUUUGCUUCUUAAAUUUUUAAAUGUAUAUGGACAUGUGCCACAAUAUUCAAAAAUCCAUUUGUGUUUUUAUGUCUUUCAUAUUGUCUGUUUGGAAUAUAACCAGUAAUGGUACAUAUUUGGGCGUCAAGUUGUUACAUUAAAUGAGACGGUUUCCUUUUCUUAACCAUUUAUUUGUAAUAUUUCUGCCAGACAUUAGUGCCUACUGAAGACUGUUAGAAGCUGGUUUACCUGCUGCAGAGCAUAUGGAUUUACACUUAAAUCAGCAUAAAACUAGUGAAGCUCUUUCCUAACUAGAAAUCUUUGAAAAUAAAGUUAACAAAUCAAAAUUCAGAUGAGUCAGCAUUAUUAACAAGAAAUAUCAUGUACAUAUAACAAUGAAAAUGUGGGAAUAUUCUGGUAAUGGGAGAUUCACCAGGAAGCUUUUGUUAUGAAGCUUAUUUCCACACUGCUUUCAUAAUUAUGUAUCCUUUUACAGAAAAUAAUUCAGACAUCAUUGAUUGCUAUAUACCUAUAUGCUAUAAGAAAAGGAUGCUGUUUUGUUAUCUACUUUUUCUAUCUCAAAUUUAUUUUGUUCCUAAUUUGUGAUGUCUGUCUGUCAUAAUGAGCAAGGUGCACUGUCAUUGUCUGGGCUAUAUUUAUAAUAAUUCAGGAGCUUUGGGUUUUUUCAUUUACAUAAAGACAUAGUUAUUAAUUUAUAGGGGAUUGUGACAUUGCAAUAUUAAUCUUGACUGGGCUGAGUCUGGGUUUAAUGUGAUCGAAUUAUAUUUUGUACAAUUUUGUCUCUUGAAAUACUUGACAAUAAAUGUGGAUUCAUAAGA